GUAAAGCUCCGCCUCCCACCAGAAAUCUGGUGUGCUGCUUUCAUCGUGACACGGGAAUGUCCUUUGACGUUUUUGCGCUCACGCUAACUGCAGUCUGACACUGGACCAGCAGGGAGUACAUGUCCACUGCAGACAACCAACAAGCCCUAAGGUGGCUGAUCCCAGAGCAGAAAGGAAGUCCUCCUGGAGGUUAAUGUGAGGCAGCUGUUGCCUGCCGGUUUUUGCUUUCUGAGAUGUCCAUGAAACAAGCAGAGGGCAUGUCCAUCACCCAGGUUUUGGCCAUGACUGUAGCUGAGAUACCAGUGUUUUUGUAUUCCACAUUUGGGCAGUCUAUCUUUUCUCAGCUAAAACUUACCCCAAGCCUGAAGAAGGUGCUGUUUGCCACAGCUCUGGGCAGCGUGGCGUUGGCUCUCACAGCUCAUCAGUUGAAAAGGAGAGGGAGAAAAAGAAGGCAGACAAAGGAGGUCCAGAAGGCUGUUGGGGUACCUGAGGCACUGAUAAAGACGGGAAGACCCUCAUCUUUAAAGAGAGCAGGUCCAUUUUCUGGUCGAACGAUGAUGAGCCUGAGCGUUCGGAGUAACGACACCAUGAGUGGAAUCUCCUCUCUAGCCCCCAGUAAACACUCAAGUUCUUCACACAGCCUGACAUCAAUGCGGGUCCCACUCUCCCCAAACCAGACUGUGAAUUCAUCUCCUCCCUGGGAGGCGGAACCUGUGGUAGAAGAAUCAGGGGCAGUGGAGGAUGCAAAUGCAGAGAAUCUCUAUUUAAUGGGAAUGGAAUUGUUUGAAGAAGCUCUGCGAAAGUGGGAACAGGCCCUGACUAUUCGACACCACACCCGCUCAAAUUCAAGUAAUAGCAGCCUGGCCUUGCAGGCAGCAGCAUGCGGAGAAACCGUGGUUGAAACUCAGAAUAAAGUCUUUGCCGAGAAGUUGGAGACCUUACUACACAGAGCGUAUAAUCUACAGGAGGAUUUUGGCGCCACCAUCCCAGCCGAGGGAGUGCUGGCAGACUUUGAAAGUGAUGGAACUCUUACCUUGCCUCAGCUGGAGAGCUUCCAGAGAGUACAAGAUGAUGACACAACUGUAAGCUCUGAGGAUUCCUUCUUCUCUGCUGCAGAGCUCUUUGAUUCCAUGUACAUAGGAGGAGUGUACCAGCCCCUAAAACCAGCAGCUCUUUAUGAAGAAGCCUUGAGUUUGGUCCGGGAGGACAAAGUGUAUUAUAGGUCCCUGAGGACUGAACUACUUGAAUGCUAUGGUGACCAAGAUUUCCUUGCCAAGCUUCACUGUGUGAGGCAAGCAUUCCAGGUUCUGUUGUCAGAUGAGACUCACCGCACAUUUUUCAUGGAGACUGGCAAGCAAAUGAUUUCAGGGUUGAUGGUUAAAGCAAACAAGAGUCCAAAACCCUUCUUGGAGAGCUAUGAAGAGAUGCUGCUUUACACUCGGAGAGAAGAAACUUGGACAGUCACUCAAAUGGAGCUGGAAGGCCGUGGGGUGGUGUGUAUGAACUUUUUUGAUAUCGUGUUGGACUUUAUAUUGAUGGAUGCAUUUGAAGAUCUGGAGUGCCCUCCCUCCUCUGUAGUAGCUGUGUUACGGAAUCGCUGGUUAUCAGACAGCUUUAAGGAGACGGCUCUGGCAACUGCUUGCUGGUCUGUCCUAAAGGCCAAAAGGCGCCUCCUUAUGGUUCCAGAUGGUUUUAUCUCUCAUUUCUAUACCAUAUCAGAACAUGUGAGUCCGGUUUUAGCAUUUGGGUUUUUGGGACCCAAGAAACAUCUAAAUGAAGUGUGCACAAUAUUCAAGCAACAGAUUGUGCAGUACCUUAAGGAUAUGUUCGAUCACGACAAAAUCCGGUUCACUUCUAUUCACUGCUUGGCUGAGGAUAUCCUGAAGCUUUCACAUCGGCGCAGCGACAUCUUGCUGGGGUAUCUGGGAAUUGACAACCUCCUGGAGAUCAAUGGCACCCUACCCAAAGUCACAGAGGCUUCGUCUGGGCCAAACUGAGACUAUCAUUGCUGUCAGAUUUCUGUGAGCUAAAUGCAGCUCAAUCAGUAAAUGCGGGUGAAGACUGAGCGCUCCACAUUCUGUGUUACAUCAGACUGAGAACUAGCAUCAAGCCUUCAUCUGUGUUCAAAUACCACCUGUGGCAGAAGAGACAUUUUCAUCAGAUCUGCCUCCAGUUUUAAUGAAGACCACAACUCCAGUUCGAUGAUGCGAUUUAUUUUUUUGUCUCUUUGAUUUUUGGUUGCUGUAUUGCCAUCAUGUGCUCUCAGAUCUGUAAGGACUUGUCUCUGCCUUUUCUGUAUAUCUUAAAACACACCUAUUAACAAAAGUGCAUAAAAAAGCUGGACUUGCAUGGGUUGAGUCGAGUGAAGCACUGAUUUGCGUCCUACCCAUUUAAAAUCACUGGAACAGGGAGAUGUUUGUUUUACCUGAGAAGAAAUCCUGACAGCUUGUUGAUUCUUUGCAUUUAUACGUUUUAUAGUGCGAGGAAGGAUCUUAAGCUCCCCUCACACAGCAGUAACGAAGAGCACCAAAGCCAAAAUGAAAUGAGAAAUUUGGACUUAUGUUGACUUUUGGAGACAUCGUUUAACAGUCGUCCAGCUUCAUUUCUGUAGCUGGCACUUUGUCAGAAUUUUCAAACUGUUGAAAAAUGUGAACGAAUCCCAACGACAACUUCAAUUCGGCCGUAUUCUGUUUUGCUUUCUGUCUUGACGGUUCAUCAUUUGCGUAGUUCCUGUACAUCAGUGUUCCAUCUGACUGUCGUCCAACCUCCCAAGUCCGACGUAUUGCACAACCGUUGACGAUAUCUGAACAGAUCAAUAGCUAAAGGUCUGACGAGCUGAAUGUGACUUGUCCAUGCAUGGGACAGAAAGCAACGUUUUGAUACGGAAACAAUAGUGGCAAGAACGUUUGAUCAACUACUUUAGCUAAUUACGCACAUUCCAGCUGUUUAUAAAUGGCUGUGCGUGCACGGCCAUUCAUCAUGAAUGUUUUGAUUUUGUUUAAAGCGUCAAGGUCACCGUUCCCUUCAUUUGUCUUUUGUUAAUUUCAUUGUUUCGUUCCUUUAUGCGCUGUUGAUUGCAGGUUUCUCAGUGAUGGGAGAGAAGUGUAGGAUCAUUCCUCCACCUUUUCUCGACAAUUUGUGACUUUUUUUUUCCUUUGUUCAGCUAUUUGACUCCUUGCUGACUCUCCCAUAAUCUGGAGUAUUUAUUGCAUUUUAUUUAAUCGAGCAGGAUGUUAAAUAUUCUUUUGCUGUUUAAUUUUGGAAGAUAUCAAUAUAUAAAUUGGUUUAUCACACAGUGAAUCACUGUCAAGUUUUAACAGGAUUUUAUUUUUUAGUCUUGUUCUAGGCACAUUAAAACAAAUUAAAGCUUUAGUCACAGAUGGCAAUUGGUACAUAUGCGUGAAAUUGUAACAAUUUUAGGAAGUAGGCAAUGAGAGUGAAUGAGCAGUCAUAAAGCUUCAGGCACAGUUGGCAAUUAGUAUAUGUGUGCGAAAUUGUAACAAUUUUAGGAAGUAGGGAGUGAGAGUGAAUGAUGAGCAGGCAUGCUGGGCAUUACAAAAAUUCACUGUAUGACUCGAGCGGUGUAUUAGUUUUACAAUGUCUGCAGAAAUCUGGUCAGUGAGGUGUGUUUCUUUGUAAUACUUUUUUUUUUUAAUCUGCUCUGCACUGAUCUUAGAUGCUCUGGUCAGUUUGUGUCCCACUGAUCUAUGGCUCUUGCAUUGCUGCUCCCUUCACCAGCUUUUCUGCACUCUGAAGGCAGAUGUUGAAACUUGAGUGGGAGUUUACAGCACAGGCGUCACCAGUGGGUAAAGAGUCCUUAUGGGAAAUUCAUAUUGCCAGCAACGCGUAUUGAAAGUAGUUGUAAAAAACAAGAACAUAACUAUAUUAUGCAAUUUUUAAGGUUUGGAGAGGGGGAAAAAAAUCCUUUUGUACGUUGGCUGUCCCUUUCACGCUCACUAAUUUACAAAUGAGAUUUUAUUUAUUUUUAAUUGUAUUUUUGUGCAUAAAAUGCAAAUGUCAAAUAUGAUGCGCAUACUCAGUCUUCACUGCUAACUGUGACUAAGGUUAUACGUAAAACAGAAGUUGUCCUUUAACGCAUAAAAUAACAUCUUGGGGAGUAAUAAAUCAAUUAUAGCUACGUAUCUUUCAACCUCUGCUCUGUUUUUCAUACAAUCACUUUAACCUGCCUGUUACUCCUCAAUUAUGUUUUUAUUCUAAAUCAAAACUGCACCAACUAAAAAAAAAAAUAUAUAUAUAUCUAAUUUUUGGCUUUUUUGAUUGAUGAACUUGGGGAAAAAAAAUACUACCCUUUAAAGUGAUUAUGCGUCAUUCUUUUGAAGGAAGAAUCCAUCCAUCUAUUUUCUUCCGCUUUAUCCGGAGUCGGGUCGCAGGGGCAGCAGCUCAAGCAAAGCUGCCCAGACCUCCCGAUCCACACACACACCUCCCAAGCUCCUCCGGGGGAACCCCAAGGUGUUCCUAAGCCAGCUGAGAGAUUUUAAAAAUUGUUGAACUUAAAAAUUAUUAUACAUACUGUAUUUUCUGGAGUACAAGUUGCACAGUUUUUUUUUUUGUCUUUAUUGUCCUUUUUUUUGUGCAUUGUUGCAGAAUUUUUGUCAUUUAUCCUUUUAUUAUUGGAGUUUUGUUUGCGCUUUGAUCUGGGGAAAGUCAUAUAUAAAUAGCCAUUAUUAUUUUCAGUAAAGAAUGUGGGACUUUUUGGUAUAUAAGUUGCACCAGCAUAUAAGUUGCAGGACCUCCCAAACAAGAAAAGGGAAACAAACAAACAAACAAAAAAAAAAAAAACGCAGCUAUUACUCCAGAAAAUAUGGCAGUUGGUGAAAAUUUUGAAAUAUGAAUUCUUUGGUGUUAGGAAAAUUUGCAUUUUAAUGUAAAAAUUUAAUGUAGCAGAGUGCUCAGACUGUAAAACACUUAAAACAUAUUGUAACUGCAAAGAUCACAGGCUGUCAGCAAGAGUUGUUGGGGGGGGGGGGGGGGGGGGAUGCUGUUUUCAACAUCACACACACUUUCCAGCACAUUUUACGGAACAGUGCCAUCUAUUUGUCAAAGCGAGUAAAUUUUUUUAUUUCUGAUUUUAUUAUUUUUAUUUAAUCUUUUUUUGGGGAGGCUAGCAGUGCUCGUUGUUGCUACAUGUGACUGAUAAUAAUCCUUGGAUUUAUAAUUUUUUUUUUUAAUUUCUAUGUAUAGCUGAGAGUUUAAUCAAACGUCAAUGGCAACAAAAUCUUUGGCCAUAUAUGAAUGCAGUUUAUUCCAUAUCUUCAUUUCACUUCGCAUAAUAAAAUCCUAAAAUUGUUUUAGUGACAUAAGGCAAAAUUACUAUUUUUAAAAAUGGGUACCACUAGUGGCUGUAUGUAUACUUACACAAGAUGCAGAAUGGUAUAAUUUGAAUUGUUUCUUUCACACGUUUACUUCUAUACUUCCUGCUCCUGUUCUUUUUUCAUAAUUAUGCAGCUGUGCAUUUAUUGAUUUUGAAAAUCCUGCAUCCAUACUGGCACAGAUGGAAUCAUCAUCAGCAUAAGAAGCAUAACAUUGCCAUUUCUGCCGAACUUCAACCUAUUUCAUUUCUUUUUGUUCUUGUAAUGUAACACAUGGGCAGAUUUGUACUGAUUUGCAUUUUGCACUUUAUCGAGUAAGAGGAAGGAUGCAGGAAUAUCCCAGACAACAUUGCUUGAAUACUCAAAUCGAAAUGAUAUAGAGAAUUAUAUUUUGCAUUAUAGAUCUUGAUAAUAGAAUAUACACACUGUACAUUAUACUAUAUUAUCCAAAUGAUUUAGUGUAGGCAGUGUAAAGUUUUAGUCUACAUCUUUUACAGGUUCAGCUUCUCCAAUCGAAUUAUUUUAUGUAGUACAAUCACUGAUGGAGUGGAAAAAAUGUUAAUACACCCUUUUUGCAUAAGCAUGUGUCAAAAUAUGAUCCUGCUUUUUGUGUGUGUGUGUGUGUGUGUGUGUAAACUGUCCUGUGUUCCUUCAUUGGGCUUGUUUAAAGAGUAGAUUAUCAGAAUUUCAGCAGCAAGUGUUGACCUGCAUCAUUUAGUUCAUUAUAGUAGUUGGGGGGAUCACAAAAAUAUACCAAACAACAUAUUUACGUAGGUACACACUUGAACUUCAAAAAUUCCUGUCUACUUUUCUACUUGGUGUACAUUGGAGAGAUUUGAUUUUUCAGGAAUGUAACAGAUUAUGUUUUAUUGGGGGGGGGGGGGGGGUCUGUACCUUAUUUUCUCUUUAUGCCUUUUGUUCAUUUUAUUGUGAACGUACAAUGCCAGCACAAAUUAUAAAUUGGUUUUGAUUUAUUUUUGUUAUUAAACUAUGGUCAUUGUG